AUGGAUCCCAAUGAAAUGCCUGCUAUGCCCUGCUGCCCCUCCGACUCCACCAAAGGGCUUGAGACUGGAGCCACAUGGGGGAUUGAACUUGGCCCCAGAAGAGCUAUAAGUCGCUGUGCCCGCUGCCACAACCAUGGCAUCACUGACCAAGUCAAGGACCACGAGCACUUCUGCCUCUUCCGGGCCUGCGAGUGUCACAAGUGUGUCCUCUUCUCGGAACACUGCACGAUCUUGCCUGCUGAGAGUGCCUUGGAGAGGGAGCAGAGGGCACACCUAAAGAGGCACCUGGCUCAAGGACUGAUAAGGAGUGCGGCCGCCCCUUCCAAAGCUCACAGCCAUGCCAAGAAGUUGGCCAUCCAAGGAGGAGUCCUCAGUGAGUGUCUGGCCAGAGAGAGAGCCUGGGUUUGGGUGUACGGAGCAUGA